GCGAGUAUAACACACAAUGAAUAUGAGACUCCUGGAUGCAAAAUGGCACCCAAGCACUGUAUCAACCACCCACUAACCUCUCGAGAUCAAAACCUAGUUAAGGUUGUUCUUUUUUUCGUGAAUUAGCAAAGGCUGCUGCCGCGGUUGUUCGGCUGACAGCUGUGAGCAAUGGCGGCCGGCGAACGAGCAGGGCGGUGGAGGAGGCUGUGGCUGUCAAGAUUCAGGCUUAUUUUCGAUCUCAUCUGGCGAGAAAAGCUCUUUGUGCGCUAAAAGGAUUAGUGAAGCUGCAAGCAUUGAUAAGGGGAAACCUGGUAAGGAGGCAAGCCAAUGAGACCCUCCUGCGAAUGCAAGCUUUGGUAAUGGCUCAGACGAGAAUUCGAGCCCAAAGGUUACAAAUGGCAGAGGAAGCGCAAACCAUGUCACAACGGCCGCCAACUGGCAGAAGAUCUCCACAACAUUCGAGAUUCCAUCAAUCAUAUGAGAUGGAGAAUAAUACAGAAGAGAACAUCAAAAUCGUCGAGAUGGACAUUGGGGAACCAAGGAGUAAAUCAAAUAGCAGGAACAGCUACUCCAUUCCCCAAUCUGAAAGAACGGAUCACAGACACUCAAUAUACUAUUACGGUUCAAGAACGCCGUCCAAAGCCGAUCUCCGACAACACUAUUCACCAUCUCCAUCAGCCUUAACUGACAUAAGCCCAAAAGCUUGCAGUGGUCAUUUCGAAGAAUUCUCCUUUGCAACAGCACAAAACAGCCCCCAAUACUUUUCAGCAACAUCAAUGCCUGAUCCAGCCGAAGGUUCUAUUGACUACCCAUUCUAUCCUAGUUACAUGGCUAAUACAGAGUCAUCGAGAGCAAAGGCGAGGAGGUCUCAGAGUGCCCCGAGACAAAGACUUGAUUCGUAUGAGAGACAAUCUAGCAGGAGGAGACCAUCGGUUGAGGGAAGGAAUAUUCCUAGAGGUGUUAAGAUGCAACGAUCUUCUUCUCAAGUGGGUAUGAGUCCAGCAAAUGCAUAUCAAUUCCCAUGGCAUCUCAAGUUUGAUAAAACAAACAUGUCUGCUAAAGAUAGUGAUUGUGGUUCAAUAAGCACUGUGAUGAGUAAUACCAACUAUUGCAGAUCAGUAGCAGGAUACGAGGUUUAUGGGAACAAGUACUGAACCAGACGUAAUAACAUCAGAAGUAGAAGAAAUAAAGACAUAGAUAAAGCUUCUGGAGAUUUAAUACCUGCAAUUGGAUAUGGGAAAAAUUGCUGGUAUCUAAGAUUUGGGUGUCACUUAGUUCGUUGAAGUUUUCCUUGGGCUGGUUUGUUUCUGGUUAUUCUUUUCAGAUUCAUGUGUUGAUUGUUUUAAAUUGUAACUUUUUUAACUUAAACAAAUGGACUGCUUACAAACAUUCUCCUGUAACUUCUAGAGUUUGUAACCCAAAAAAUCAAAGCUCCUAAUUUAUUGGAUUUGUGUACAUUUACUUCCUCUUGUAAAUGAGUUCACAUAAGGAGCCAAA